CCUGUAAUUUGAAGGGCCUCAUUGCAAGUAUUAGAGAUUAAUCUGUGUAGAAACGUGGUUACCAAUUAAAAACCAAAUAGAUAAAGCGCGCAGCAGAAAUCUUGAACAUACCCAUCUCAAUGUUAAUGGAUUCUCAUCUGCAUAUUAGCAAACUUACCCAAUUUAUUUCUUCUUGCGAUAGUCUAUACCCCGCCCGAGUUUAUCAUCUGCCGUCGUUAAUAUAUGUUCCGAAUUCAAGAAUGAAAAAGGCCGAAUCUUGGAGAGUUAUCAAACCCCUGUUUUCAGCUGCAAAUGGCGAGCAGUCGGCUGUUCAUGAAGAAGCCCGUUUGCCCCAGCUGCACAAGAAUGGUGUUUUGAGUGUAAAUGAUGGUGGUAGUUACUAUGAUAAGAUGCCAAGAAAGAGGAGGGUGUUUUUCUUGGAUGUGAAUCCCUUGUGUUAUAGAGGGAGCACUCCUAGUUUGGACUCUUUUGCUCAUUGGAUUUCUCUUUUCUUCUCCCAAGUCAGCCUCAAUGACCCUGUUGUAGCUGUCCUUGAUGGUGAAGGUGGCAAUGAGUACCGAAGGCAACUACUACCAUCUUACAAAACAAAUAGAAAAAAGAUGUUGCAGCAAUUCCCAGCUGCUGAAAGGUCUAUAACUGCUUCUAUUGGAAGAUCGAAGAAACUAGUCAUGGACGUUCUUCAGAAGUGCAAUGUUCCGGUGAAUGAUAAUACUUUUAGAGUAAGAAUGAAAAGUACCGAAUUCUCACUUUUACAAGACUUGCAGGUUGUGAAGAUUGAAGGACACGAGGCAGAUGAUGUUGUUGCAACACUUGUGCAUCAGGUGCUGCAUAAGGGGUAUCGAGCUGUGAUAGCUUCUCCCGACAAGGAUUUCAAGCAACUCAUUUCAGAAGAUGUUCAGAUGGUUAUACCUGUGCAAGAAUUGAACAGAUGGUCGUUUUACACGUUAAAACACUACCUCACUCAAUACAACUGUGAUCCACAAUCUGAUUUGAGCUUAAGAUGCAUUUUGGGAGAUGAAAUAGAUGGUGUACCCGGUAUCCAGCAUCUCGUUCCUGGUUUUGGUCGUAAGACUGCUCUAAAGCUCGUGAAAAAACACCGGUCUUUGGAGAAUCUACUUAGUGCUGCGAGUGUGAGAUCCGUAGGAAGACAAUAUGCUCAGGAGGCACUAACAAAAUAUGCUGAUUUUCUUCGAAAGAAUUAUGAAGUUCUUUCUUUAAAGAGGGAUGUAAAUAUCCAGAUUGAGGAGCAGUGGCUGGUCACUAGAGAUGCCCAAAACGACUCGAUAAUCUUAUCCAGCUUCACAGAGUUCCUGAGUAAAAAUCGUGAUAGAAAAUGGCAGUCUAAAUCUCAGCCCCACGGCUUGAAAGCAGUGACAUAGGUGAAAAUUCUAGUCGUUGGUGCUUCUAUUUUGAAUCUUUGCAAGGCUCGUAUCGCUCCACUCGCAACAUUACAUUACCUUGUCUAGGAGAUGGUAUACGAGCAAACGAGAGUAAUGUGCACAGUUUCUUCCGUAAGGUAUAGAUGUAACGAACACCAAGAAACGAAGCUCCGGGGGCAGUAGUUUUUGGGUGUGAACAUAAAAGCAGGCAGAUCCCAUGUGAGAAUGUGCAUACAAAUAAUUAUUUGGCCUAUUUCUUGGAGAAAAUUUAGCUAGGUUUGUAAACUAUGGUUACAGAUCAAUAUUUAUACAUUUCUUGAAUCAUAAAAUACAUCUCUUAUGAGAGAGAUGUACUUUCUUUUA